AUUUCCUGGUGAACACUUGGGUUUGCUCUGUUAUAUUUCUCCAGCCAGGGAACAGGUUGGUGCUUUCUAAGGCUUUUGCUCUCACAUGACCCAACUGGAUCUCAGGAGCCUUUUGGCAUCACCCACAAUCUCCUGAAUAGGCAGAGAAGAGGCAUUUUAAUCUUUCCCCAAACUUAGCUAAAUUCUGCCUGCUCAAAGCCAAAAGGGUAGUUUGCUUUGGCACAAGGGUUCUGCUUUUUAGCCUUACACUUUUGUAAGAAAUAAUGAAAGUUUCUGAUAGUACACAUAAGAGGAUUAUUUUUUUCACAACUUUUUUCCCACUUACCAUGGGAUGGAAGGGUUUGACUUUGUCCAUCGUAUGGAGACUCUCAGCUGGAAGGUGUCCAGAGAGUUGGGAGAUGUGUUGUCAUCCCAGCAGCAUUUUCUCUGAGAAGCUGAGAAUAGGAAUCUUGGGAGAUGCAGUUUCUCUUUCACAGCUUUCCUGGAUGUCCUGCACCCUCUCCAGCACUGUGCUCUGCUCCCAGGCUGGGACACCCAUGUGCCCACAGAGAGGCUGGGAUGGAGACUCCUAGAUCCAGGUUCUUUGCUACCUCAGGGGAAGUUUUGUCUCGACAUUUACUCUGUGCUUUUCAGGCCAGGCCUUGUGGCCUGCUGAAGCAGACAGCUCUAAACAAGAUCCCAGGCAGAUUCCAGCUGCACCAGGAAGCGCUGCCCUACCUGCCCGUGCCACCACUGCAGCAGACCCUGGAUCGGUACCUGCUGGCCCUGCAGCCCAUCGUCAGCCCCGAGGAGCUGAGCCACACGCAGGAGCUGGUGGCUGAGUUCCGCAAGCCGGGAGGCGUCGGGGAGAGGCUGCAGAAAGGCCUGGAGAGAAGAGCCAAGAAAACAGAGAACUGGCUCUCAGACUGGUGGCUGAAGACAGCUUACCUGGAAUAUCGCCUGCCAGUUGUGGUCCACUCCAGCCCAGGUGUGGUUUUACCCAAGCAGGAUUUUCUGGAUCGACAAGGUCAGCUCAGGUUUGCUGCCAAGCUGAUCGAGGGUAUCCUGGAUUUCAAGACCAUGAUUGACAAUGAGACCCUUCCAGUGGAGUACAUGGGUGGGAAGCCCCUGUGUAUGAACCAGUACUACCAGAUCCUCUCAUCCUGCCGCAUUCCCGGGCCCAAGCGGGACUCCAUUGUCAACUACGCCAAAGGCAAAAAGCAGUCCAGACACAUCACAGUCGUUCACAACUUCCAGUUCUUUGAACUGGAUGUUUACAACAGUGAUGGAUCUCCCCUUACUGCUGACCAGCUCUUCAUCCAGCUGGAGAAGAUUUGGAACACCUCCCUCCAAACAAACAAAGAACCUAUUGGGAUCCUCACCACCAACCACCGAAACAGCUGGGCAAAAGCCUACAACAACCUCCUGAAAGACAAGACCAACAAGGAGUCCGUGCGUGUGAUUGAGAAGAGCAUCUGCACCGUGUGCCUGGACGCCCCCAUGCCCCGGGUGUCUGACGACAUCUACAAGAGCCGCGUGGCCGCGCAGAUGCUGCACGGCGGCGGCAGCCGCUUCAACAGCGGCAACCGCUGGUUCGACAAAACCCUGCAGUUCAUCAUUGCUGAAGAUGGCUCCUGUGGUCUUGUCUAUGAGCAUGCUCCCUCCGAAGGCCCACCCAUCGUUGCUCUUCUGGAUCACAUUGUGCAGUUCACGAAAAAUCCCGAGGUGGGCAAAUCACCCACAGUUCCUCUGCCAAUGCCCAAAAAGCUGCGGUUUAACAUAACCCCAGAAAUCAAGAAUGACAUAGAGAAUGCAAAGCAAAACCUCAACAUAUUGGUCGAAGAUCUGGAUAUCAAAGUCAUGGUCUUUCAUCAAUUUGGGAAAGGUUUUCCCAAGUCAGAGAAGAUCAGCCCUGAUGCUUUUAUCCAGCUGGCCUUGCAGCUGGCAUACUACAGGAUGUACGGCCACGCCUGUGCCACGUACGAGAGCGCGUCACUGCGGAUGUUCCGCCUGGGCCGCACCGACACCAUCCGCUCCGCCUCUGUGGCCUCCCUCAAGUUUGUGCAAUCCAUGGACAGCCCUGACAAAUCGGACCAGGAGAAAGCAGACCUGCUGAGGAGAGCCACACAGGCCCACAGGGAAUACACAGACAUGGCCAUACGGGGCAAUGCAAUAGACCGGCACCUGCUGGGGCUGAAGCUCCAGGCGAUCGAGGACCUGGUGAGCAUUCCUGAGCUCUUCAUGGACACAGCCUAUGCUGUUGCAAUGCACUUCAAGCUCUCAACCAGCCAGGUCCCAGCCAAGACAGAUUGUGUGAUGUGUUUUGGUCCCGUGGUUCCAGAUGGCUAUGGAGUCUGUUACAACCCUAUGGAGGAACACAUCAACUUUGCAAUUUCAGCCUUCAAUAGCUGUGCUGACACAAACACAGCCCGUAUGGCACAUUAUCUCGAGAAAGCACUGCUAGACAUGAGGAUCUUGCUCCAGGCUGCUCCCAAAUCCAAACUGUAAGAGGGAAACCCCCCCAGUGAAACAGGCUAUCCCUGAUGCACUGAAGCUUCCAGUUCCUCAGAAAACGAUUCAGAGAACAGCUUGCCUUGGAACCUAAGAAGAUAUCUACCAUGUGUUUUCAGCAAGAUUUACAGAAGAGCCACGUGCAGAUACCAGACUCUGUAGUGAGAGGAAACUCUGUCUCAAACCAAAGUAGACCUGACAGGGCUUCUCCCAUCAAUGCAAAAUGCACCUUCCUGUCCUCAAAGACUCAAAUAUGAUUUUUAUGAAAAUUACUGUAAGGGAAUACAGAAAGCAGUCCUUACCAGCAUCUAAAUCCAUUUGGUGAGGAAGGUGGUUCUUGUCCGUGAAAAGCAGGGAAUGCUUCUUGUAUGAUAGAACUACUGUAAGACCAAGUCUUUUUCCUGGUUUCAUCUUCUGAAGAGCAUCUUCCAAUCUUGACUGAAGAUUUUUCUACUGCUGCAGCAAAACUUCAUCAUUCAACUUCAGCAAGGGGAGAAGGAAGUUAAUCCAGAGCAGAUCCAGUCUCUUUAAGAGUACACUGCACUACUUAUCCCAGACACUCCAACCAGUACAGGCUUUACAGGAAUGUUCCCUUCCCCUUGUUCAGGACAUUGGGAUCUUGUUCCUCUUACACUGACCCUCUUAACAACAGAACAUGACUCAAUAGAAACUAAGGUGAUUUUUACUGUUUCAGGUUAUUUUUUUUUGUUGUUGAUCUUGCUCUGGACUUCUUGUUAAGCUUCCUGCCAAAGUCCUACCACUGAUCUUCCAGCCUACAGCUUUUCCCCAUAAAGCUUCUACAAAACUCUCCUCAUGUAAGUUUUUCCAGCUUUGGCUUUAUGUACCUUCACAUCUGCAGAGAUGAGAAGGGAUUUCCUAUGCAUUUAGCAGGACCCUUCCUCUAUUGUACCUUUCUUUGGAGCUGAGGAAAAGAAAAAGAUGCUGACUCUGUUCACUAACAAGCCUGAUGUCCUUCAGGCACACACACAUUAACCCAAUGUGGUUUUACACCCUGCUUUCAGAAACACCAUUUUUGUGCACAAUGUUAUGCCUGAGCUGUGGACAAAUAAGGAUGUUUCUGAACAGGAACUCUAGAACAUGCUUCCAUUCCUGGCCCACAGAGCUGAAAUCUGUUAAAGGCCAAAGGAAAAACAGCUGCAGAAACCCUUCUUUCACAUCACUCUGCUGUAACAAGGCAAAAAAAUCUUGAAAAACGGGGAGAAAGCAGAGUACACAUGGACCUGUAGGUUUUUUUCUGCACUGUGGCAGCCACUGUUCCUGCAGUAACAGCACAGCACCUUUUCUGCCACUUUGGGGAGUUAUUUCUUACUGAAAUAUUACUCCAAUUUGUGCCAGCUUUAUUCUGUGAGAGAAUGAUCUCAUAUGAUACUGUUUUUAUGUCCAGUUGAAAAACUUGAGACAGUAAAAGUUUAUAUAUAAAUAUUAACAUACAAUGGUAGCAUAGGAACUUCCAACCAAUCUGUCAGAACCAAGUCAGAAUCCUGACUACACUUUUAUUUAGUAAAAAUAAACUAUAUUACCAUAUGGUAAUAAAGAAUUCUAGUGCUAUUUCUGCAGUAGGAAUUCUGUAUUUAAAUUGCACACCCUUCAAGAUGUGUCUGCUGAGAUGUCACCAUAAAUAAGAAGCAUUACGAGUGUGAUGGCCUGUUUUGUUAACAGGGAAAUAAUUGCAAGGGACAUGAUCAAAGUGCCUUGAUGAACAUGUAUGAAGAAAUUUGCACUAAAUAUUUUUAAAGUAAAAGAAGAAAAAAUAAUUCUAAUUUGCUUCUCUAAAGAUACAAGCCAAUGCUUCGGCAUUUUUUUCCUGAAAGGAUGUUAUUUCAAAGCUUUUAUCUUAUACCUAAUAACAAACCUUAAAAGAGGAAAACUUAAUUGAAACUCACCUGCACAGCCAGUGAUUGUAUUGAACUUGAUUGAACUGCCACUUUCACAUGAUCUACAUGGAUUUAGUUGAUCUUUUAGAAAAUCUUGAAUGGAGUGAGACAGCCUAAAAACAUGAAUAGGAGCACUACAGACCUGCAAGCAGAAACCUCUGCUCUAGUGACUCCUCAGUAUCAAUCAGACUGAAAACUGCAAGAGGAUACUCAGUAUUAUCAAACUCUGAUUGUGUAAAUACUACAGACAAGAACAAACUUCACUGGAAUAACAUCUGGAUUUAUGGAGCCUUUUACAUGGAAAAAAAAUAUUCCUUUUGCCCAAGUAAUCCUCCCCCCAUACUGAAUCCGCCUCUGUUGCUAGGGGAUGAAUUCUUUUUCCAUGUCUGCAAUGCCUUCAAGCACAAGCAGUGCCACUGAAGUAUUUGAGACUGGCCCUUUUCCACUUCUGCCUCAAAGGGGAAGGCUCUCAAAGCAAAGUGCCUAUUAAAGACUUAAGCAUGUGCUGCUGAGGACUGUACCUCAAAAGAUGGGAUUGAUCUAUUCUGGAUAUCUCACUAGUUCAGCUGUGGGAUACUGUACUAAGAGUACAGCUGCAGGGAGCAGACAAAGAGAUACAAGAUUCAUAAACCACCUAAUGCAUCCUUACUGAUGCACAAAGCUGAAAUUCAGAUGAAUGAGGCUGAUUUUUAAAGUGUUUGAAAGGACACUAAAAUCAUUACAAGGUUUUUCCUUUAAAAAGUCUUUUCUUAUAGUACAAGUUCUAAAAUGUACUGUCCUUUUGGUUUGUAUCUUCUAGAUUUUUUCAGUGUUGACUUAGUGAAUACUGUUCUCCCUGUUUCUGAUUGUUUUAUCAAGAGAUGUCCAUUGACUAAAAGGCACAGUUAAGUAGAAGAAACUAAAGCUCCAGAAAAAAGACUGAUUUGGAACAAAUUAUUUCAGAAAUUCAUAGACUAAAAAUAUUCAGAUAACUCUUGGCCUAUGAGUGCAAUUUUUAACACAGCCUGGUAGGGUUGCAUGUUUUGCUGAUUAGCUGUGUUAAAUACUGUUGGGUAGUGGGAUCGGUGUCAUGCAAAGUUUGGAAACGUUUGUUGAAUAAACUGGGACACAAUAAACAGAUAAAUGCUACAAAAA